AUGGAGAAGAAGCCACAUUCUGAUCAGAACGACAAUGUGUCAUCACCCAGAGAUAAUUCAGAGACCGUUGAUGCGAAAUCGGACGAUCAUCAACAACAACACGGAGAAAAGGAAGAGAAAGACGUCGAGGAAGACCCACCACUGUUGGAUCCGGAGCUGAGCCUCGCACAGAUUCUGGAUGAGGUUGAUCGGUUCCUGGAGACCCUAACCAAUGCCCAGAAAGGAAAAUCGGAUCCACCGGAUCAAGUACCCAACUCUGUGGAGUUAUUAUCGAAAAUGGUAGAGUCCAUGAUCCACGCGUACAAUGCAUGCAAAACGAAGUUUGGUCGAGACCUUGAAGACGACGCGUCGUUUCUGGAAGCCGUGAAUCGGAUUUCGAAGCUGUCGAACGGGAUUUAUGAGUUCCCAAUCCAAUCAUCUUCUCUCAACCGAGCAAGCUCCGUGCUACAACGAGCGAUGUCGUUUUUGGAGGACGAGUUACGAGUCCUCCUUCAUGAAGAACCCAAACCCAACAGUAACGUUUCAGAUCAGAAAUCUCAGAAGCCAUCGAAGCAGUCCUCGUUCGAUUUAAAUCACGAGCAAGACCGGUGCGUCCUACCCGACCCGAUCGAACAAAACAAAGAGCAAGAAGAAUUCCCAGGAUUUUCCCAAGAAGCCAUUUCCAACAUGAACAAGAUUGCGUCGGCGAUGAUCUUCGCGGGGUACGAGAGCGAGUGUUGCAUGGUUUAUGGCAUCUUAAGGGGAAGCGCAUUCAAAGGGGCGUUGAACAAGCUCGGCUACGACUACGUAAGCAUCGACGACGUCCAUAGAAUGCAAUGGGAGUCUUUGGAAGGAGAAAUCGCCUUGUGGAUCAAAGUCGUCAAGCAGUGCUCCACCAAUUUCUUCUCCGGCGAACGGAAGCUCUGUGACUCCGUUUUCUCCGACCACCCCUCCUUGUCUCAAACACUAUUCCUAGAUCUCGCACGCCCCGUCGUUUUACAGCUUCUCGAUUUUGCAGAAGCGUUGGUGGUGACGAAGCGGUCGGCCGAGAAGUUGUUCAAGUUCCUCGACAUGUACGAGACUCUGCGCGAUCUGGUUCGGGUCAUGGAUGACGGGUCGUACCCGGAGGAACUGAAAUCCGAGGCGUCGGAGGCCAAGACCCGGCUGGGCGAAGCCGCAAUGAGCAUUUUCUGUGAUCUCGAGAACUCGAUCAAGAGCGACCAUGGGAGGACACCUGUCCCUAGCGGCGCCGUGCACCCGCUGACCCGCUACGUCAUGAACUACCUAAAAUACGCGUGUGAAUACAAGGAAACCUUAGAGCAGGUGUUUCAGAAACACCUCAAGAUCGAAUCCGAUGACGUGUCAACGCCCAAAACGUCGCCGUUCUCGGUACAGAUGAUGACGAUCAUGGACCUCUUGGACGCGAACCUUGACAUGAAGUCGAAGCUGUACAAAGACUACGCGUUGUGCUACGUUUUCUUGAUGAACAACGGGAGGUACAUCCUGCAGAAGAUAAAAGGGUCCACGGAGAUCCACGAGUUGAUGGGCGACACGUGGUGCAGAAAGCGGUCGUCGCUGAUGAGGCAGUAUCACAAGAACUACCAGAGAGAGACGUGGAGUAAGGUGUUGCAGUGUAUGAACCACGAGGGUCUUCAGGCGAGUGGGCAUGGGAAGGUGUCCAAGCCGGUGUUGAAGGAGCGCUUCAAGAACUUCAACGCUAUGUUCGAUGAGAUUCACAGGACCCAGACCACCUGGGUCGUCAGCGACGAGCAGCUUCAGUCGGAGCUCCGGGUUUCCAUAUCGGCGGUGAUGAUUCCGGCUUACCGGUCUUUCUUAGGGAGGUUCCAGCAAUACUUGGCUCCAGGGAGACAAUCGGAGAAGUAUAUCAAGUACCAGCCGGAGGAUAUUGAGACUUUGAUUGAUGAACUGUUCGAUGGAAAUCCAGUGUCUAUGGCAAGGAGGAGAGCAUAA